AUGUGGCGCGAAGCAGCAGGAGCCCUUCAUCCCAGAUCCGACGCGCCAGAUGACCCCAUACCGCUUCGCUUUAAAGGAGUCAGCGGCUACCGUGGGUGCUCGAUCGGACGGCGAUCCGCGUGCCGGGCGUCCCUGUCGCUAAUCCGGGUUUACCCCGUUGUGCCGCCAGUGUUCCUGGCCGGCUACCCUAGUCUGACACCCUCUUCCUUCUUCCUCCUCUCCCUGCUCCGCCACCCCCUGCCGCAUGGCGCUCGCGCGAACCGUCCCGCUCCCGCAGCUCGCCUCGGCCUCGCCCCUACCCCGGCACCGCAGCUGCCGCCUCCUCCUCCCCGCAAUGCCGAAGGAGCGCGGGCUCCCCGCGCGAGGGAUCGCCUGCCGCGCCGCGACGACGACGCCGGCCGCGGUGGCGGCGGUGGGUGUCGGGAGGACCUGCCCGAGGGGUACGAGCAGAUGAUGCCGACCGUGGAUGCCUCCCAGCGGCGGCGCGCAGGGGUUCUGCUGCACCCGACGUCGCUCCGCGGCCCGCACGGCAUCGGCGACCUCGGCGACCAGGCGCUCGCGUUCCUCGACUGGCUCCACGGCGCCGGGUGCACGCUCUGGCAGGCAGCAGAGAGGCUCCUACAGAGCCCUGGAGAGCUCCGAAGGCAGUAUGACGAAUUCAAGAAAAAUCCAGAUGUUUCAGGUUGGCUUGAAGAUGCUGCACUUUUCGCUGCUAUCGACAAUAGCAUCAAUGCAGUGUCCUGGUCUGAGUGGCCUGAACCGCUGAAAGAUCGCCAUCCUGGAGCCUUGAAAGAUAUGUAUGAAAACCAGAAGGACUUUAUAGAAAAUUUUAUGGCACAACAGUUCUUAUUUGAAAAGCAAUGGAAACGGGUUCGUUCACACGCACAGAAGCUGGGCAUCAGCAUAAUGGGUGACAUGCCUAUAUAUGUUGGCUACCACAGUGCAGAUGUUUGGGCAAACAGGAAAUCAUUUUUGCUGGACAAGAAUGGUUUCCCCACAUUUGUUAGUGGUGUUCCACCUGAUGCAUUCAGUGAAACUGGUCAGUUAUGGAACAGCCCAUUGUAUGACUGGAAAUCUAUGGAAGCAGAUGGCUUUGCAUGGUGGGUAAAGAGGAUUAAACGUGCCCUUGAUUUGUAUGAUGAGUUCCGUAUUGACCAUUUCCGGGGGCUUGCUGGUUUCUGGGCAGUUCCUUCGGGAUCAGAAGUAGCGAUGUUUGGAAGCUGGAGGGCUGGACCAAGGAAUGCCUUUUUUGAUGCGCUCUUCAAAGCUGUUGGUAAAAUAAAUAUAAUUGCAGAAGACCUGGGGUUGAUAACUGAAGAUGUCGUUGAGUUAAGGAAGUCUAUUGGGGCUCCGGGGAUGGCAGUUCUUCAGUUCGCUUUUGGUGGUGGUCCUGGCAACCCCCACUUACCUCAUAACCAUGAAUUGAAUCAAGUUGUAUACACAGGGACACAUGAUAACGAUACAGCUGUUGGCUGGUGGCAAAGUUUACCAGAGGAAGAGAAGCACACUGUGUUCAAGUAUCUACCGCAGGUCAGCAACUCGGAUGUCUCUUGGGCGUUAAUUGCUACUGCCCUCUCUUCCGUUGCGAGGACUUCCAUGGUAACCAUGCAGGACAUACUCAGCCUUGGCAGCUCUGCUAGGAUGAACACUCCAGCUACACAGAAAGGAAAUUGGAGAUGGAGGAUACCAAGUUGUGUCAGCUUCGACAGCCUUAGCCUCGAAGAAGCCAAGCUGAAGGAGUUGCUUGGGCUGUACAACCGGCUGUGAAGUACCCCGUUCUCCAGCACUCUUGUGCUCUCUGUCGCUUGAGGCUUGGAACUGCCAGACGUUACUGCCAUAAACUAGCAGCCAAACAUGAAGGAUCUGGCUGCUAUUGUUCAUUGGGAUGUUGGCACCUGUUCCCGAAUAAUAGGCUUCUGUUGGUCAGUUGCAAAUUAGCAUGCUUGAACUGAAGCGUCUUGCAUGUUUACAACUUGUUAGUAUGGUAUAGUCAUAUAUUUGUUCAAAAAUGGUAUAGUGCUAUAUGUUCCCAUUUUGGGUAUGUACUUAUGAUAUAACUCACGAGUCUUUCAAACUCUUAAUAAGUGGGAUAUGUGUAUCAACUUCUCUUUA